GAGAAAAGAAGGAAUGGCAACUGGUACAGACCAGGCCCUAGGUUGGGGCUUGGUAGGGUUUAGCAUGUCAAUAUUUAUAUAUUACACAGCUUGGAUUAUUAUUUUGCCAUUCAUUGAUGAAGGCCAACUGAUCCACAGCUUCUUCAUGCCCCGAAUUUAUGCUUUAGUUAUACCAUUGUCUUCUGGUGUUCUUGGGCUACUUGUUAUUGGUUUGUUUGUGGGAGUCACCAUGCUGAAAUCAACACAAAAAGAAAAGACAAGCUAGUGGAGUGGUAUUCUUUGAUACACUGAAGACCCAGAAACAUGAAAGCAAUAUUGAGAUUUUGUAAAGUGAUGUCAUGUGCCUUGUUAUUUCAUGUACUUAUACUGUAUAAUCUAUUAUCAAAGUGUUAGUUUUUAUUGUUGCAGACAAAAUUUACCAGUUUUUUAAAGCUUUUAUGGUAUAUGGGACAGAAAGUUGCUCAUUCUAGUCAUGGAAUAUCAUGUGAAAAUCCUGCAUCUAAUGGGUGAGAUUGUCAGUGUGUGAUUUUAACUUUUCCUAAAAUUAACAAGAGGCAUAAUAAGCAUGUAUCUCUUAUCUAGUAUUCAUUGCAUUUCACAAAUACAUGAACAAUUCAUAUCAUUAACAAAGUUUUGGUUAAUGAGAAGUCUUUUUUUUUCAUGUAGACUUCGUUUGGCUUCAUCUAAGGAACCUUCUAUCCAAAUGAAAUGAUUCUACGCCAUUUGGUUAUUGAAAAGUUUUCAGAAGGUUUUACAGUAACUAAUUUGACCACUAUUACCUUGACUUUGGGUCAAGGUCAUCUCUUUUAUUAAACUUGUUGUGCAUCAUCAAAGUAACCUUCAAACCAAGUAUCAUAAUUCUAGGCUUUUUAGUAUUAAGAAGUCAUUUAAAGGGAAAAGUUAAGGCUGGAUAGACAAUGGACACCACAUCAUGGCAAAGUUCACUCGACCCUUCAGGCCAGGUGAGGUUAAUAUAAUACAUCACCGGACAUUUCAACACAGUAGUUUAUUCAUGUGAUAUGUGUAAGACUCUGUUAGUUGUAAUUGUGUGCACAUCUUUGUUGUAAAUGAAUGGAAUGUAAAAAAGUUAACUUAUUUUUUAAUGCCAGCUGACUGGUUAAUGUGAGAUACCAUUUACAUGAAUGUGUUUUCAUUUGGUAGAUUUUUUGCUGGAGUUGACUGAUCUGUCUGAUUUUUUCAACAAUAAAAACUGUUGUGUGCCACUCCUUACUACUAGCUAGUCAGUCACAAUAAGUUGGCACCACACAGAUUAUUUUGUGGUUAUAUCAUUGUGAUAAAAUAGAGAAGCUUUAUAUAAUCUUUAAGAGAAAGAAAUGGUUUACUUCACAGAAUAAGAGUGGAAAUGAUAUCAGAUUUAUUACACAACUGUGAAUUUUAUUUUAUAUGAUCAACAUGGAGGUUGUUUUCAGUACUUAUCUGGUGAUAUUUUGUUAUCUUUAUAGCCAUGUUUUAUGAAAAUUAGUUUUGUCACAUUGUUAUUUUUAAUUUUAUGGUACUUUAAUGCAUAAGAACUGCCGUAUCCUUGUCAUCUGCAUACUUGUUAUGAAUAUGUGAUAUUAAAUGAUUUUUAAAGAGCAAACAUUCUAUAGUCAAAGUGGUACCACACUGCUUAUUCUUAGCAUUAGACUUAAGGUUGUUUUGGGGUUUCACACUAAUACUUGAAAGCAAUUUAGAAGACAAAUAUUAACUUUUGAAAUUUUCACUGUUUUUAAACUAUUUUGACAAAUGAUUUCCAUAAUUUUGUAAGGGUAAAUUACAUGAAGACCUCUUACACAAACUUCAUUCUGAUACCCUGGGUAGGUUGAAUUGGGAAUUUUUUUGAGGAUAUUUUCUCGAUUUAUUUGAAGACUUUUCUUGCCAUUUAUGUAACAAUGGUCUUUUAAUAAAGUUUUGGCAUUUAUUACAGCUGUUACAUUAUGUUGUAUUUAAGUCAUAACUGUUAUAAUCACACACCUCCUGUAAUGAUUAACAGUAAGUGCCUAGCACCUCUAGUUCCCUUUUGGUCACUUGAUGUGUUUAAUGGAAUUAUUUUGUGAUACUAAGUCAUUGAUAGACAGUAUAUGCAUACUUUCAAGGAAAUCAAAACAUUUGUCCAUUUUAUGUGGGGUAGGAUUUCAUUUCCUACCUCCCACUUCCUCUCAAUUUUCCAGUCACCAUUGUGAUAGUGAGACAAUUCAUAUACAUCUACAUUACAAAAAUAAUAUCACCACUGAAUUGAAGAUAUUUCGCCAUAUUUUUUCUCCAUUUCAACUCGGAGACAAAUGAUCAUUUCAUAUAUCUUAUCUCUGUUUCCUAGGAAGGCUCCAGGUAAACUGUGAAUCCCAAAUGGAGUUGGAAAGUAUCUGACAUUCUGGUGUCAAACUUCUCUUGUUAUACUACAAUAUAAACUACAACUCAGAUGAUCAUUAAAGUCCACGGGCCUCUUGUAUUCAUGAAGUAUACAUGAUAAAAACAUAGACAUCACAAAUUCCAUCUUAUACAUAUUAUUACCAAAAAAUACCUAAUAUUUUCAGAAAGUCACAUUCUUCAUUGCAUAAAAUACAAGUAUUGUUGUAAACAUGUUUAUGAACAGGUUUCGAUACUUUAAUAAAAUCAUACAUAUAUACAUAUACAAACAAUUCAAAUUCCCAUAAAACCCAGUGUGUGCUAAUCCAAUGGCAAGCUCUGGAGAAAUAAAUGUGUAUCUGAACAGGCUCAUUGUGAGCUUACCUGUCAAGUGUUGAAACAUCCAAGUUAAGUACCUAACAUUCUCUUUCUUAAUUAUCAAGAUUAGAAUGAAUUUGAACUCUAUGUCAGUUAAGAGAUUAUUAUAUUUUGUUAAUCUGUAUCCAAGUUAAGGUGUGUUUGAUAAAAAAUUCCAAUGUUCCUCUAUUGUGGGUGCAUGAUUUAAUUGUUGUACAGGACCUAAAAAUAACUAUCUCCUUUUUGUUUUUUUCAUGCACUCCUAAACUCUUUGCAAUGCAUACCCAAGGCAAUUAGUGUUAUUUUUAAUGUUUCAAUGUUUUUGUUCUGAGACUGUGGUAUAAAUGAUUAUAAUUGAUUUAGCUACAUGACCUGUUUAACUAUCAAUAGUCCUGUUUGUUAUUAUGUCCUGGUUUAGAUUGUGCCAUUAAUGUGCAAUAGUUUGUGUAUAUGAUGUAACAGAUAAAUAUAUGAGAAUGAUAUCAAUAAAUGCCUUUUGUGUUGUAU